AUGUUGAUCAAUACAGAUGAACACAAAGAGAAUGAUGAAUUUAUCUAUACAAUGCAAAAAUUACCAGAAGAAAAUUUAAUUCCAACUAUCGGAUAUAACAUAACAGAAGAAUACCAUAAAAAUAAUAAUGAAGAUAUACAUAACUUUAAUUUAUAUAAAAUUCCAAAAAAACCACAUAAUAUUAAGCCAACAAUCUAUCCCAUGCUAGAAAGUUCAGAUCCAGAAAAAUAUAAAUCAUCCGAAAGUCAAAUAAAUAAAAAUUCAAGUGAUUUUAAAGAGAAAGAAAUUGAAAUUAAGACUUCUAGAAAUUAUUCUACUGUAAUUUUUUUUGGAUGUUUAACUAGUUGUGUACUGAUUGCACUUAUAUUGUAUGUUGUAUUCAAACCAAGAACUAAAAAACUAGCGACUUCAAAAAGAAGUCAUGCAGAUGAAACAAGCAAUACCACAAAAAUUAAAGAUGAUAAUUCUCCAAUAUCAAUAAAAGUAAAUGAAAAUGAAAUUUUAGAAUAA